AUGGAUUUCAUUUUUUUGGCAUUAUGCACUCUUUGCAUUGCUGUGAUUUUCUCAAUUUUUUUGAUGAUCUACUAUCAAUAUGUUAUUAAACAAAAACUCGGAGAUAUUCCUGAAGUCAAAGGAUAUCCUUUCAUUGGUGUUACAUAUGAGUUUAUGAAGUUAUCUGAUUCUGGUCGCACAAAACGGUUUCAAUUAUUUCUAAAUGAAUUUAAAGAAGGAAUAUUUAUGCUCCGGUUUGGAACCAAACCUUUUAUUGUCGUGUAUAAGCCAGAAUAUUUCGAGCUUAUUUUUGCUACCGUAAAUAUCACAAAAGGAGACUUUUAUAAAAUGGCGAAACCUUGGUUGGGCAACGGACUUGUAACAUCUACAGGUAAACAAUGGUUUAAUAAUAGAAAACUCAUCGGGCCAACGUUCCAUUUCAGUAUAUUAGAACAAUUUGCUGAGGUUUUUUUUGAAAAAACAGAGAUCCUCAUAAAGUGUCUUGAAAGAAAAAUAGAAGAUAAUCCAGGGAAAGCCAUUGAUAUUUUUCCUUUUAUAACCAAUGCUACUCUUGAUAUUAUCUGCGAAACGGCAAUGGGUGUUAAUGUACAUGCUCAAGAAGUUGUAACCAAAUAUACAUCAGCAUUACAUCAAGUCACCGUGUUAAUAAUUAAUCGAAUAAUUCAACCGUGGUAUUGGAUCGAUUGGAUAUACUAUUUAUCACCUGCAGGGAAACAGUUUAAAUCAAGGCUUAAUAUAUUACAUGAAUUUGGAAAAAAGGUGAUAAAUGAGAGGAAGCUUGAGCGACAGUCACAAAAUACAAAACUCAUAAAUGAAGAUGGUGAAUUUAAUAUUGGUAAGCGAAAGAGAAAAGCGUUUUUAGACUUAUUAUUAGAUCAAAUCGAGAAAGACAACACUCCUUUGACUGAUGAUGAAUUGAGAGCGCAAGUAGAUACGUUUAUGUUUGCGGGACAAGAUACAAGUUCGGUUGCCAUAAGCUGGGCAUUGUUUCUCUUGGGCAAUAAUCUCGAGCAUCAGGAAAAAGUUCACGAAGAACUCGAGGAAAUUUUCGGAGAUUCAGAGGUACUAGCCAAUACAAAAGAACUGUCGCAAUUAAAGUAUCUCGAGAGAGUUAUAAAAGAGACACUUCGAAUGUUCCCAAGUGUACCUUUAAUCUUAAGGAAAUUAGUAGAAGAUGUAAAAAUAGAUAAUUAUACACUUCCGAAAGGUACCUCAGUUCUAUUAGCGAUCGCAUUUGCACAUCAAAACCCAGCGGUUUGGUCGGACCCAUCGAAAUUCGAUCCGGAUCGCUUCCUUCCAGAAAAUUCGAAGAAUAGAAAUCCAUAUGCUUAUGUUCCGUUCAGCGCUGGACCGAGAAACUGUCUAGGACAAAAAUUCGCUCUACUCGAAAUAAAAAUCAUUUUGACUGCAAUUCUCAGGAAGUGGAGAGUGAAAAGUGUGAAAACAGUCAACACGAUCAAGAUGGGCGGUUCUCUCAUUUUACGUCCAAAUGAAAAAGUAUUUAUGCAUUUUACGUCGAAGAAAUAA